AUGGCGCUGGUCCAGUCUCUCCCCGUGUCCAUUGACCAUCCUGGACCAGGCCUGGACCCGCGCCUCCAUCCCGCCUCGCCUCCUCUGAUGGGAGCGAUGGGUGCCGUCAGCAGCGUGAUGCAGAGCCACGUCACUUAUCCCGACCGGGCAAACAUAGAGGUCAGCACCAACUUCCGUAAGGGCACUGGCUCUGGGCGCCUGCUGGCGAAACCUCGCAGAGGAAGCCGGACUCCGUCCAGCAAGAGGAGGGCCAUGGCCGGACGAGCCAAAGGCUUCGGGACUCGCUCGUAUUCACACGAGGACUUGAUAAGAGACUGGAACGACAAUCACUUGGAGCUGGCUUCCACUGGAGGAGACGGACCUCCCAAACUGGUUCCAGUGUCUGGACAAUUAGAAAGAAACGUUCAGCAGGCCAUAAUCAGACCCACUGCCUUCAAACCCGUGGUCUCGGGCCGGAACAGGCUUCAGUACCUGUCCUCGCUGCUCGGAGCCGGCCUGUCGGGCAGCCAGGGAAACCUCAGCACGUUUUCUCAGAAGACGGCGACGGUGUCCGUGACGACGGAGCGGCGCAGCUCUUACAGCGGAGCUCGAAACGCUUUGUUCAGUCAGUCCUUCACCCUGACGGACACGGCCCGGCACUCCCUGACCAACCUCCAGAGCGAGGCCGAAAACAACGGACACUCCAACUCCGACAGCGGCCGCUCCUCGUCCAGCAAGAGCUCGGGUCCCUGAGCGGCCGGGCCCGCUGCUGACCGACCCGCCGACCCGCCGCCCGUCCAGGCCUACGAGACCAUCGUCAGAGACCUGGAGGACAAGCUGAGGGACAGAGACCUGGAGCUGCAGCGGCUCCGAGACAACCUGGACGAGAACGAAGCGGCCAUCUGUCAGGUGUACGAGGAGCGUCAGAAGCGCACCGAGCUGGAGAUAGAGGAGUUCAGGCAGACCUGCGCCGCUAAGAUGCAGAAGGCGUCUCACAAGGCUCAGCGCGAGCAGCAGCUCCUGCAGCUCCAGGUGUUUCAGCUGCAGCAGGAGAAGAAGAAGCAGCAGGAGGACAUGAACCAGCUCCUGCAGGAGCGUCAGAGGCUGGAGGAGCGCUGCGCCUCCUUCGAGAGAGAACACACUCAGCUCGGGCCCAGGCUGGAGGAGACCAAGUGGGAGGUGUGCCAGAAGUCUGGGGAGAUUUCUCUGCUGAAGCAGCAGCUGAAGGACCUGCAGGCCGAUCUGGCGCAGCGCGUCGGAGAGCUGGUGACGUUACGAGGACAGCUGCGAGAGGUUCGAGGCGAGCUGCAGACGAGUCAGAUUCAGCUGCAGGAGGCGCUCGCAGGCUCUCGCACGCGGACGCUGGAGCUGGAGGUCUGCGAGAACGAACUGCAGCGCCGCAAGAGCGAGAACGAGCUGCUCCGGGACAAAAUGAGCCGUCUGGAAGAAGAGUCGUCUCACCUGCGGCUGAGCGCCGGCGACGCCGACGAACUCCAAGCCUCCAAGGAGCAGGCGGAGCGGCUGAGGGCGGAGCUGGCUGAGCGCCAGAGCUCGUCCCAAUCGGGCGCGGCGUUCGAGAGCGAGAGGAAGAGCUGGGAGGAGGAGAAGGACAAAGUGAUUCGCUAUCAGAAACAGCUGCAGCAGAACUACGUGCAGAUGUACAAAAGAAACCGAGAUCUGGAGCGCGCCCGACAGCUCAGCCUCGAGCUGGAGUCACGAGAACAGGACGACGACAGCAGCGGAACGGUCACCUUCGACGACGUCGCCGCCACCGAGAUCUGAAACACGCCCUGCUUAAAGAUGGCGUUGGAGCUUUAAUCGCAUCCAAAAUUCACCUUUUGUCCAUGCAUCAUGUGUGCGUGUACUGUGUAUAUAUAUAUAUAAAUAAACACAUUUCUGUGAUAUAUAAAGAUAGUUAACAUAUAACGCUUUCUCUUAAAUGUCACUCUGGAGCACAAGGGUGGGUUUUUUGAUGAAUGAGCUGAACUAUACACAGUACACGCAUAUGUUCUUGUUUUGGAUGUGGUUUGACAGCAUCGUUGUGUUUUUGACACACGGCAGUGGAGUGAGGGAGAAAGUCAAGUUUCAAACCCCGUGUAAUGCACUGAACGCCGCAAACAAUACAGUCAUGUUACAGUGCGAGGGGAUCUACGUGAGUCACGUGACCCAGUAAUCUUCAUCAAAUCAGUCAUUUUGGGCACACCGUUCGCAAACUCACAGAAGUGCACUUUUGUGUCAUUAGCUACGUUUUCAUCCGGCGUCGCUAAUUAAUCUUGGAAUAUCGCAUAAAAAUUUUUGGUGCAAAUAAAUCGUUUGGGACACAAUCAUGCGAGUUCCACCAAAUCACUCAGACUUCAGCUCAUGUGGGUGUUUGGUGCCAUGCAAAAAAAAUUCAAUUAAUGUUGUGGAAAUAAAGUCAUAGCACUGUAAGAUUUAAGCCAAAAUACUUUGAGAAUAAAGACAAAAACCCUGAACUAAUAG